AUGCCAGGAUCAUCUGCAAGUGCUCCAGUGAUAGGGGUAAUUGAUGGGAAAUUUGAUAGUGGAUAUCUUGUCACAGUCACAAUUGGUUCAGAGAAGCUCAAGGGUGUUCUUUAUCAGGCACCACAGAACCAACCAUGGCAAGUGCUACAGCCUUGUAGCGUUUCUGCUAACAAUAGUGGCAAUGCACAACCGGUACCGGGUACACGACGCCGGCGCCGCAGAAAGAAAAGUGAGAUAAAAAGAAGGGACCCUGCUCAUCCAAAACCUAACAGAAGCGGCUAUAAUUUCUUCUUUGCUGAGCAGCAUGCAAGACUCAAACCACUUUACCCAGGGAAGGAUAGAGAGAUCAGUAGGAUGAUUGGCGAGCUAUGGAACAAAAUAAAUGAUUCCCAAAAAGCAGUUUAUCAGGACAAAGCUCUUAAAGACAAAGAAAGAUACAAGAUAGAAAUGGAGGGCUAUCGGGAGCGAUUGAGAACGGGGAAAGUUAUUAGUGAUGCGGUUCCACUGCAGCAGUGGCUACCAGGUAAAGAUUCUGAGAUGGUGGAAGUAAAUGUUAGGACUGAAGAAACCGGAGGGGGCUCUCUUCAGAAUGAUAGCAGUUCCAGUGAAAGUGAUUCUGAAGAUGAUAAAACUGCAGAAAGAGAUUUGGAUAUGGAAGCAUCUCCAGUAGAGGGAUUGGGUGCUGAUUCUGGCGACAUGGAUGUGGAGACGUCAGCUGAGGUAACAGUUUUUAAUCUAUCUAAGAGAGAUGAUGGGGUUGAAAAGGCUGGCAACUCAGCCAAGGAAAGCUUGGAGAGUACUGUACUCGAGACUCUGAAAGAAAACGCACAUGGCCACAAACAUUGA